UGACAAUGGUCCACCACCGCACCCACUGGAAGCUGGAGGCAGCCUGGGAAUCUGGAGCAUCAUCAUCUUCACCCGCGUUCACCCAACAGAAAGAAACAAAGCCGGCGGCUCAUGCUGCACCUCUGAGCCGACAUGGCGAGCAGUUGGAGGGGCUUUACCCAUCCAUCCCUGAGUUAGCUGCCCAAUUUCUUUCUUUAUUUCUUUAUUUUGAAUUUAUAUAUCUCUAUAAAAAAAAUAAAAAAAAUAUGGCUAAACAGUACGAUGUUCUCUUCCGACUUCUGCUCCUCGGAGAUUCCGGUGUCGGGAAAACAUGUUUGCUGUGCAGAUUCACGGACAACGAGUUUCACCCGUCUCACAUCUCCACCAUCGGCGUCGACUUCAAAAUGAAAACACUAGUAAUAGAUGGUAUCAAAGUGCGGGCACAGAUAUGGGACACUGCAGGCCAAGAACGGUACCAGACCAUCACCAAGCAGUACUACAGGCGAGCACAGGGCAUCUUCCUGGUGUACGACAUCACGAGCGAGCGAUCCUUCCAGCACAUCAUGAAAUGGGCCAGCGACGUGGACGAGUACGCCCCCGAAAAGGUGCAGAAGAUCCUCGUGGGGAACAAGUCGGACGAGGUGGACAAGAGGCAGGUGGCCACGGAGCAAGGCGUCAAGUUGGCUAAGGCUUAUGGGAUGGACUUCUUCGAGACAAGUGCCUUCACCAACCAUAAUAUAACAGAGACUUUCACAAGACUGGCAGAGCAGGUGCUGGCGGCCAAUAAGAAGGACCUGGAUCUGCUGCGGAUGUCCGACAACGACGAGCUGGACCUCACUGCUCUGGAGCAGGAGGAGGGACUCUGCGGCGGCGCGGCGGACGACCAGCGCAAAGGCUGCUGGUGUUGAAGGGACACUGACAGCACGGUUCUGUUGAUUUAUCUUCUUUUUUUUAGUUGAAUUCAUGUCACCGCCGCUCACUCUGGACACAAAAAAGCAUCUGGUUUUGUAUCCGGCUGGGGAAAAAAGAGGUGUACUUUGGUUACAUUUAGGACAGAGAAGUUUGAAUAAAACAGCUGAAGCUCUGAAUGUCAAGGGUUUCCCGUCCCCUCUCACCGUUUGUGUGAUUUAACCAAAUACGCUAUUGUACACUGUCAAAGCUUCUUUCUCUUAAAUCCACACAAUGACUGACACAUCAAAUCUGACCUUCCUCCCAGAGCUUUUUCAGUGGUUCCAUUGAAGCCAGUCAUUUUUUGCACCCGCAGCCUUUCUCCAAACUCAGGGGUCUGCAACCUGCGGCUCCAGAGCCACAUGUGGCUCGUUAGAGUUUGAACACUGUGUGCGUCACAGUCGGCGUCUACGUCACAUACAAUAUUAACCCUUUAACACCUAAGCCUCACACCUCAGCCUUUUUGCUUAGUUUAACCAUGAAAGGGCCAGAAAGUGUCCUGAGAGUAAGUAACUUUCAAUAUCUGGCAGUUAUUUACAAAUUACUGCGUGUUAAAAUAGGGUUUUAACAAUUUAAAAUGAAGGAAAACUGAAGUUUUGUUGAGAAAACGCACUGUAGUCGUACACGAACACCAGAUUUGUGUAUUAAAUUUGAAAUGAAACAGUAUAAAACACAUUUAUAAUAACAUUUGUUUGAGUCUUUGUCUCAAUGAUGUCCAGCUCUCUCCUCUCUGGCACAUGAAGAAGUACGCGUUUGGAGAAUUACAUACAAUCCAAACAUUGCUUCAUUUAUUUCAACGUGGGUUCAUUUUAACGUCAUUAAUUUGAAAUCAAACAAACAAUGGAAGGACUAACUCUACAUAAUUCCAUCAGUGUUUCAUUUUGUCCUCCACUUUAUAAGAGGUUGGGUAUGAAGAGCAAAUGAAACGCCAGUUUUCUGUUUGUAGUUCUUAAAUUGCGUCAAUGCAGCAAACUGUAGUUGUUUUUUCUGUAUAAAAACCUUUAUACAUGUUGUUAUCUUCAUUUUAUGGGUCAAAUAUGGUCUUUUGUCGCUUCACAUGAACUUUCUUUUGUGCUUAGAGGGGGACAAAAGUGUCUCUUCAUGCUCAAGGUUGCAGACCCCUGUCCAAACUGAAUGCAGUAGCUGUAGUGUGAGCAAUGGCCACUAGAGGGUGCUAUGUGAAUUGCAGAAACAGCUCACACACACACACAAGACAAAGUGGCUCAGUGUGACAGUGUUUCUUACUGUGUGUGUGGUUGCAGUGGAUAAUUCAAAUGGGUGAUGAUGAUAUGGUUCUUAAUAUAUGCAGCCAUUUUAUUUAAUUAUUUAUUUGCUUUUAUUUCCAUGCAAAUGUUGACAAAUAUUAAUCUAAAACCGUAGCAAAAACUGAAGCUAUUUUAUUUUUCUUUCAUUUUAUAAUCGUUACUUAUAGCAGAAAAUAUGAUCUUAUGAUGGGAUGUCACUGCAUUGUACUGUGUAUAUAUAUAUAUAUAUAUUCAUACACCAGGUUUGUCCACAGCAUCGUUCACAGGCUGAUAAUCAAACGUGAUUAUAUUUUAAAGUAUUACCAUCAUAGGGCUGCAUUUUAAAAAAAAAUAAACCGUGAUUUGACUCGUUGACGGUAUACGGAAACAUUUCCUCCUGUGAAUAUGAACGUGUCUCGGUCAUCCUGUCCUCACUGUUCUGUACAGAAUCCAGUACAUUUUAUUUUUCUUAUUUUUGCAUGCGACUCACUCCUCUUCUUUCUUUCUUUUUCUUUUUUUACUGCAACUUCAGUGAAGUUAAUAAUCAGCUGAUUGUGAUACGAGUUCAGACCAGAGUUGCCUGUUUGGAGCGUCAUAGGACACACUUUGGCUUAUUAUUAUUUUUAUCUAUAUUAAAGUUUGCAACAGAAUUUCACAAAAAGACAGUGAAUGGAUCUGGAUCCACAACCAAUCUCUCCCCCCUCGUUCCUUUAUUUCCGUUUAUUUGAAUUGUAUAUUUGUGAUCUAUUACAUGCAACAUGUAAAAUGCAACAUGUUAUUCCGAAAAGAAAAAGAUGUCAGAUGUUGAGUAAAUACUUGCCGAUAUAG